CGCCGGCUCCCGCCGCCCGGGCCCGGCCGGCCGCGCCGGGGGCCGCCGCGCCGCCGCCGCCAUGGACACCAAGCAUUUCCUGCCCCUCGACUUCUCCACGCAGGUCAGCUCCUCGUCUCUCGGCUCCCCCGCGGGGCGGGGCUCCAUGGCCGCCCCCGCCCUGCAUCCUUCCCUCGGGCCCGCCAUCGGCCCUUCGCUCGGCUCCCCAGGACAGCUGCACUCGCCCAUCAACGGCAUGGGUCCACCCUUCUCGGUCAUCAGCUCCCCCAUGGGCCCCCACUCCAUGUCGGUGCCCACCACACCCACCCUGGGCUUCGGCACGGGCAGCCCGCAGCUCAGCUCGCCCAUGAACCCGGUCAGCAGCAGCAGCAGCGAGGACAUCAAGCCGCCGCUGGGCCUCAACGGCGUGCUGAAGGUGCCGGCGCACCCGUCGGGGAGCAUGGCCGCCUUCACCAAGCACAUCUGCGCCAUCUGCGGGGACCGCUCCUCGGGCAAGCACUACGGGGUGUACAGCUGCGAGGGCUGCAAAGGCUUCUUCAAGCGGACCGUGCGCAAGGACCUCACGUACACGUGCCGCGACAACAAGGACUGCCUGAUCGACAAGCGCCAGCGCAACCGCUGCCAGUACUGCCGCUACCAGAAGUGCCUGGCCAUGGGCAUGAAGCGGGAAGCCGUGCAGGAGGAGCGGCAGCGCGGCAAGGACCGGAGCGAGAGCGAGGCUGAGUGCAGCAGCAGCGCCAACGAGGACAUGCCCGUGGAGAAGAUCCUGGAGGCCGAGCUGGCCGUGGAGCCCAAGACCGAGACGUACGUGGAGGCAAACAUGGGGCUGAACCCCAGCUCGCCCAACGACCCCGUCACCAACAUCUGCCAAGCCGCAGACAAGCAGCUCUUCACCCUGGUGGAGUGGGCCAAGCGCGUGCCCCACUUCUCCGAGCUCCCCCUGGACGACCAGGUCAUCCUGCUGAGGGCAGGCUGGAACGAGCUCCUCAUCGCCUCCUUCUCGCACCGCUCCAUCGCCGUGAAGGACGGCAUCCUCCUGGCCACCGGGCUGCACGUGCACCGCAACAGCGCCCACAGCGCGGGGGUGGGCGCCAUCUUCGACAGGGUGCUCACGGAGCUGGUGUCCAAGAUGCGGGACAUGCAGAUGGACAAGACCGAGCUGGGCUGCCUGCGCGCCAUCGUGCUCUUCAACCCAGACUCCAAGGGGCUGUCGAACCCCACCGAGGUGGAGGCGCUGCGGGAGAAGGUGUACGCGUCGCUGGAGGCGUACUGCAAGCAGAAGUACCCCGAGCAGCCCGGGAGGUUCGCCAAGCUGCUGCUGCGGCUGCCGGCCCUGCGCUCCAUCGGCCUCAAGUGCCUGGAGCACCUGUUCUUCUUCAAGCUCAUCGGGGACACGCCCAUCGACACCUUCCUCAUGGAGAUGCUGGAGGCGCCCCACCAGAUGACCUAGGCCCCGCCGCACGCGCCUGGCCUGCGCGGACGCGCCGCAGCCCGGAGAUGUGUGCCCCGCAUUGCCUGAUGCUGUUGUCUGUGGAUGGGGCAGUAGUCUCGGUGGCCUCAGACACCAGAGAGGACUGGGGUGAGACCCCCACCCAGCCCCCUGCCCUCCGCGGGGCCCGGAGCUGCGGCGGACAGGGAGCCGAGCCCCGGGAGGCGUGGUCCUGCUGCUCGGACAGACCCAUCUUUGGGGUAUCCAGCUCGGCCCGCCCAGGCUUAGGGGAGGGGCCUGACGGGGCCCCAGAACACGAGAGGCACCUCAGGGCAGGCAGGCUCCUCCCCGCGGCAUGGGGAGGGAGCACCCCUUCUUUCCAAAGAUGUCUUGUUGCCUGUCUCCUGUCAGUGGGAGCAGCCGCGGACCUCUGCAGGGGUGGGGGCACAGCCGUGUGCUCUGCCGCGUCCCGGGCUCCGCCCCCGCUCCAUGCUGCCCGCACCCCACCCGUGCGUGGCGCUCUUCACCCGGGCCCGCGGCCGCCAUCCCGCCCCCCCUUCCCGGAGUGGAGGCUGCUGGCCACACCCCCCGGGGGCUUCGAGCAGCAGGAAUGGGGCACGGCCAGCAGCUCCGGAAGGUUCUUCGGAUCUGAAGGACCUUGUCCAGCACCCUAGGCCCCUUCCACAAGCCCGCCUCCCCAACACCGCCGGCCCCACGGCCCUGCAGCCCGUGCAAGCUCGUGGAUGCGGCUGCGGGGCCCGGGUCGGGUGCCCGUGGCCCUGGCAGCUGUCCUUGCCCUCCCGGUGGUGCAGAGGCUGCGUGGAGCGUCCACUCUGCUGUCCACUCUGCUCUCAGAGGCCGGUUCUGGCCCCCUAGCCCCAUCCUGGAGCCCAGGGCUGCCCCCACCUGUCUCCAGCUGGGGCAGGGGCUGGGCAGGGGAGGCCCACGGCCCCACUCCAGGCUUCCAAGGUUCCUGACGCCUCCCCUGCCCAGCGGGGCCUGGAGAAGCUUCUGGCAGGGCACGGCCGGGACUGAGGCUCCUCCCAGCUGCGCCCACCGUCUCCGGUACCGUCCACAUGCCCAGUCCCCACCCACCGGCCUCUCGUGGGACAGUGGGGGCCCGAGUGGAGAAGAGCACGCUUUGGGGGGUUGGCCAUUCUCGGCCAGAGCUGAGGCCCCACCACUGCCCCCGGGUGAAGCCGCCCAGCCUGCCUCCGCCGGGACGUCUCGUCGCUGCCGCUGUUCUCUGUGGUGGGACAAUCUCUGAUCUCCUGCAGAUAUGCUGGCGUCAGCCCCUUAGCCACCGAGUGCCGCCCUGCCCAGUUCCCCGGAGGACUCGGGCUGGCCGACGUCCCCCUCGCGAGUUAGGGUGCGACCCGCUGCCACCCCCACGGCAAGGGCGGGGCCGCACCCGCUCCCCGACGUUUCGUGUUCGUUUCCAACCAAGACUUCUCCCCCCGUUUUCCUAUGAAUUUGCUUCGUGCAAGCAAGGACCUAAGGACCCUCCUCUGGUGAGCCCAGGUUCCAGUGACCGUCUCAAGACCAGGAGACGCAUCUAUUUUCAGAUGCUGGGGGCUGGGCGGGGCCAGGCGCGCACCGGAGGGUACACGCGGGAGUCGGGAGCUAAAGCAUCGGGAAAGGUAGAAAAUCUAUUUUUGUACAAAUGUAAUUUUAUCCUCCUGUAUACUUGGAUGUGGCGGGAGGGUGGGGCUUCUCCGGUUUCUGCUUCCCGGGCUGCGGAGCCCGGGCCGGCCGCCCGCUUCUCUCCCCUCGGAGCCUGUGUCCAGCCCCGCGCACUCGGCCCCAGGGACAUCGGUGUCGGCGGCGUGGGAACGUGGAGAAAGAAAUCGAGCGUUUCACA